CAUAGUAGCUCCCUGCUUUUAUGUACUUGUGCUAGCAUGAUGAUGCAGUCCGAGAUCCGCCAGGUGCGGGUGAAAUUGUGUGUAAUUUAAAAGAAACUCUCCUGCACACUAAAGGAAGGCGUGGUGGUGGUUAAGGGAAAAAAAAGACAAGUUGUAGAGAUCCGUGUCAGAUUGACAGCAGCCGGGGCAGAGGCAGCGGCUGUGGGAUGUGUCCACGUCCGAGCACCGCCCUCUCACACCGGCUGACGUCCAGCAGUCAUCCACCACGCAGGACCUGUGAGGAAAGUGUAUUUUAGUGCUGGACAUGUAUGUGACUUAUUUCAUGUGACAGUAUUUAACCUGUUGCCAAAGUUGUGAAAAAAGUCAUGGAAUGAAAACACCUCGACUGCAUUGACGGUGACACGCAAGGUGGAUCAGCUGGUUUCCCGGUGAGAACCCCUGGUCAGAGCAACCUGGAACAGAAUCCGCUGAGGACUGUGGAGAUGACAGUGGACUUCAGGCGAUCACACCCUCCUUCUUGAGACUGCUCAAGAAGUUCAACCUGCCUCAGGAACUGCUAACAGUGCGAUAAUACAGUGUAGUCUGUUCUCUGCACCUCCAUCACAGUUUAGUUUGGAUCUGCUACCAAACAGGAUAAGUGCAGACAGCAACGGACAAUCAGGUCUGCAGAGAAAACCAUCGGGACCAGCCUGCCCUCUAUAGAGGAACUGUACCAGUCCUGAGCCAAGAAGAGGGCAUGCAACAUCUCUGCGGACCGCUCACACCCCGCCCACAAACUGUCCCAAUUCCUCCCCGCUGACUAGGCAUGGUGGUGCGGGCCAAGCAGAGGGUGUAGCCACAUCUGGCAGAGCGCUUGCAAGAAGCACGAGCCUCGGCACACCCAAGCAUUCGCCGCAGUCUUGGAGAGAUGGGAGAGACGGAGGAGGAGAGGGAGAACAACGCGGGGAAGCUCUUUGAGGACUUCAUCCAGGCUUCCACCUGUAAGGGAACGCUACAGGCGUUCAAUGUCCUAUGCGGACACCUGGACCUGGAUCCUGCUGACCACAGCACCUUCUACUGCAGUCUGAAGGCCAGUGUUACCUCCUGGAAGGCCAAAGCACUAUGGAGCAAGUUGGACAAGAGGAUGUCCCACAAGGAGUACAAGAAAGGUCAAGCCUGUGCUGGCACCAAGUGCCUUAUCAUCGGAGGAGGUCCGUGCGGCCUGCGUACAGCCAUCGAGCUAACCUUGAUGGGCACCAAGGUGAUGGUGAUCGAGAAGAGGGACUCCUUCUCCAGGAACAACGUGCUGCACCUUUGGCCCUUCACCAUUCAUGACCUAAGAGGCCUUGGGGCCAAAAAGUUUUAUGGCAAAUUCUGUGCCGGCGCCAUAGAUCACAUCAGUAUUAGGCAGCUGCAGCUGAUCCUGUUGAAGGUGGCCCUCAUCGUUGGAGUAGAGUUUCACAUCAAUGUGGAGUUUGUCAAGCUGCUGGAGCCUCCCGAGGACCAAGAAAAUGAAGGGAUAGGUUGGAGAGCUGCAAUCCGACCUGCUGAUCACCCCGUGGCUGACUUUGAGUUUGAAGUUGUGGUGGGGGCGGAUGGGCGCAGGAACACACUGGAAGGUUUCAAAAGAAAAGAAUUUCGGGGGAAGCUGGCGAUCGCCAUCACCGCCAACUUCGUAAACAGGAACACGACAGCGGAGGCCAAGGUGGAGGAGAUCAGCGGCGUGGCUUUUAUCUUCAACCAGAAGUUCUUUCUUGACCUCAAAGACGAAACAGGUAUUGACCUGGAGAACAUUGUGUACUACAAGGACAACACACACUACUUUGUCAUGACGGCAAAGAAACAGAGUCUGCUGGAUAAAGGAGUUGUUAUCAAUGAUUACAUGGAGACGCACAGGCUACUGAGCCGUGAUAACGUCAACCAGGAAGCUCUUCUGUGCUACGCCCGAGAGGCUGCUGACUUCGGCACCAACUACCAACUUCCCACGCUGGACUUCGCCAUGAACCACUGUGGGCAGCCAGACGUCGCCAUGUUUGACUUCACCAGCAUGCAUGCCUCUGAGAACGCUGCUCUGGUCAGGGAGAGAUUUGGACACCAGUUGCUGGUUGCUCUCGUAGGCGACAGUCUGUUGGAACCGUUUUGGCCCAUGGGGACAGGCUGCGCCAGAGGCUUCCUGGCUGCUUUUGACACAGCCUGGAUGGUAAAGAGCUGGGCUCAGGGUCGAACAGUUCUUGAGGUGCUGGCAGAGAGGGAAAGCAUUUACAGAUUGCUGCCACAGACCACACCAGAAAACAUCACCAAAAACUUGGAACAGUACACUAUUGACCCAGCAACGCGAUACCCCAACCUCAUGUCCUCGUGUGUCAGGCCUCUUCAGGUGCGUCACUUGUACUUAAGUGUAGAGCUGAAUUCCUGCUCUUUGGAGCGUGCUGCCUCCAUCCGUCGACCUGUUAAUAUCUGCAGACGAGGUAGAGCCAUCACUGCUGCACUGUCAUCUGCCUCUUACUCUGAAAAUUCUGAGAUCAGACCGGCAAGGCUUCUCACGUGGUGCCAAAAGCAGACAGAGGGCUACCAAAAUGUAGAGAUCACUGACCUCACAUCCUCUUGGAGAAGUGGGCUAGGCCUGUGUGGCCUGAUCCAUAGGUUCAAACCGCAACUGAUAGACUUUGAGUCACUAAAUGAGGAAAACCAGGCCGCCAACCUCCAGCUGGCUUUUGAUAUUUUAGAGCGGGAAUUUGGAAUCAGGCCUUUCGCAUCUGUGAAAGAGCUGAGCGGCUCCCUGGAACUGGAGAAGACCAAAAUGAUAAGUUACCUUUCCAAGAUCUAUGAACUCUUCAGCGGCACACCUUUCCCUGAUGAAGGCUCCAGACGAGGGGAUGAAAACAGUGAAGAUUAUCCAUCUAAGGAAGUCCGAAGUAAUAAUAAUGUUCUUAAUCUUGCUCUGCCAAGGAAACGUGUUCCGAAGGAUGAGACAAAGUCAGACGGUACAGACCCAAUUUACAAAAGGAGGAGAACAUUUUGCACUUACUUGGAUGAGGCCACCAGUGUACCCACUAAAAGCUCCUCAGCGCUAGACGGAAGGGAACCCAAAGAGAACAAAGUGCGCUCCAUGGCUACACAGUUACAAGCAAAGUUUGACAGCACAACAAGCUACACCCAACGCAAACAGUCAGACUGUGAGAGGUCAUUCCCUCUUCAUAGUCUCGGCCCUGCUGAGUAUGUGCACUUAAAACCCUCGCCUCCUGUUCCGCCCAAACCUCCUCCCGAAAUGCAGUUUCAAGCCCGUAUCAGACACGCGGCACAAAACUUAGCCCGUGUGCCAGCCGAGGCACAACGCAAAGACCAGCAGCUCCCACCUCAGCCUCAGUGCUCCUUCUCUGGCGUGAAGCUCAGACAUGUGGCUCAGACACAUGAACAGGCCAAGGCCCCACAAGAACCAGAGAGUGCGGUGUGCACCACACCUUCCGUCCACUCGGCAGUCGCGGUCAUGUCGAGAGUUCUGCAGCGCCUUAAGGAGGUGGAUGAACUCAUCUGUGAGAAAAAAGCUCAGUCGCAGCAAACUAGAGCGUUUCAGUCAAAGAGCGUAAAGGAAAAAGCAGCUCACCUCAGCAGUUUGGUCUCAGCAGACAGCUCUGUUAUCAAGGGCAGCUCGGUCCGAAGGGCGUUCCCUCAGUCGAGUGAAAAGUGUCACUCCUGCGAUCGCCGUGUUUAUUUGGUCGAGAGGAUUUGUGCGGAGGGAUUGUACUUCCACAGGGAGUGUUUCCGAUGCACCACCUGCAGCACUGCCCUACGCCAGGGGUCGCACGCCUUUGAUUCUCAACAUGGAAAAUUAUACUGCAAGCUUCACUUUGACCAACGUAACAAUGGUUUGCAUCGGAAUCUGUCUACACGCUUAAAACAUUUUGGUAACCAAGUUGAGAGGCGAUGUGCGGCAAAUGAAGACAGCGCCACCUCCAGCCUAGCGACAGAUCUGCAGAGCCGACCUGCAGCAGGUACCUUCAGCUCUUUCGUGAGGAGGCAGCUGAGCUGGCCGCUGGGUGUGGCACACACGGUGUGUAGUGCUCCGCGGUGUGUGUCCCGGCGUUUACGCAACGCAGCACAGGCCCUGGCUGGCCACCUGAGGGACAAUGCCCAGGACUAUGCAUUCAUGUAUGAGCUGCUGAGCAUGAGCUUGCCUCUGCUGCUCGUUUUACUCGAUGUUCUGCUGCAGAUCCGAGCGGAGGCCGUGCAUAGCGGGCAGAGCUCUGCGCUGCUGUGGCGGUAGGAGCAUGUUGGGCCUAGGCCUAUCUAGACAGCCAAAUCUCACAGCAAACACCAAGGUGCUCAUUAGUUCAAAUGCAGCUCUGCACACCUUUACGGAAAACAUGGAAAACAUGUUGAAUUUCAGGUUGCAUCAAAUUCAUGUGCAGAAAGGGUAGAAUCAGUAAAGCAGUUGCACUCAGACAGGCCUGAGCCAUUCGUCUCUUGCAAAAUCAUACUGGCAACUAACCGUUUUACAUCCUGAUCCUUUUAAUCUAGAAUCAAGAUCGGAUUUGAAUUGACCCAAUGUACUCAUAAUCUUAAACUUCUAAGCUUAAAUACAACAUGAAAAACAGACUUUUCGGUUACAUUUCCAAACCCACAAUCUUUUUUAAAGCCUGCAUACGCGUUGCAAAUUUAGUUCAACUUGAAUGCGGCUUGACAGAGGGGUGAGUUGUCUAUCAAUCUAUUUUUUUAAAUGGACUGUUUAUACGACAACGGCUGUGUUCUCACCAGUUAUUAGUAAUAGAACAAUCAUUGUUUCAUUAUUCAGCAAUUAAAUAGCUUUUUGUUGAUAAAUGGAGGCCAAAGUCAGUGCAUUUGAGAUCAGGCUGCUAAAAGACAACUGCUGGGAGUUUCUCUCAAUGAUCCUCAAUAAUGGAUCUUACAGCAAAGUUCAAAUUGCUUUACUCAGGUCAUGACAACUGAGUGCCUUCAUGCACUUUAUCAUUUGAGAACUGCCUUAAAGAUUUAGAAAAAGCAGCACCAAAGAGAGGCCAAAAGUUUGGUGUGAUUGUGCCCAUGUGCAAUUUUCGCAUUUUAUUAUUUUAAUUAUUAUUAACGGAUGUUUCUUCACACUGUGGAUUCCUCUGUGUUUAUUUUUUUUUUUUACUUUGCUGCCAUCUACUGUUUACUCAGCAAAAUGAGGGUGGGAGACUCCACGCUCUAGGUUCCUUCCAGGGAACCAAUAAUCUGAGCGUUAAAUCAUUGACUAAUGUUUUCUAUUUACUGUAGACAAUAGAGGUUGGCGAUCUUGCCACUCUUGCUGUAACCCUCGUUACUUGGAGGCCUUCCUGUCGCUUCCUUCUACAUGUAUAGAUGCUAAUUAAGGCACUUUAGAGAUUUGUCUACAUCUUUGUGAAUCUUCAAGUGUUUACAACAACACUGUGUCUGAGUGCUCUCAGCCAUUUUUAUUUUACAUGCCAUAUGACUGAAAUAGCUUGAAAGUGAGCUGACUUUCCCUUGGUCUGUGCGAAUACAUUAAACGCAUUUUCAUGUUUGUGUAAGCGCAACGCUUCCAUGACCAGGCAAUCCGCCAAUGACAGUGUAUUUUAUUUCUUCCAAAUGUAUGGUAUUUUAUAGGCGCGUUCUGCAUACUUUAGUUUCUUUUUGUGUGAAUGUCCUUUUGUGUUUUAGACAGUUCUUUUUUCCUCUCAUCAGCUGAAGCCUCGUAUGACGCGUGUGAACCAGCUGGAUGGUUACAAGUGUCAUGUUAAAGGUGAUCACAUGCAUGGUCACAACAUAUGAAACACAGUAACAACUAAAGUGUUUAUCUGCUGUAAUAAUUCUAUGUACAACUGUGAGAGGAUUAAAGUCGACCCUUCGUCAUAACUCACCACAACUCAUAAAAAGUUGCUGUGUGGCCUUCUGUUUUGAUAACACAGAAGAUUGAACUAGAACUAACAUUUAGCCCCUUGUCAAGUAAGUAAUGGAAUAAAAAAAAACGAUUAUCUUGACUUUUGGUUUUGUUUUUUAACAAUUGAAAAGAAAAUGUGCCCUGCGAUUGACUGGCGACCAGUCCAGGAUGUACCCCGCCUCUCGCCCGAAAUCAGCUGGGAUAGGCUCCAGCAUACCCCCGCGACCCUAGUGAGGAUAAGCGGCAUAGAAAACGGACGGGUGGAACAGAAAAUGGGACCAGAUUUUAUACCUGUGAAUUGGAGAAGCAGUGAUGACACACUUCAUCAGUCAUUAUGUGCUUUUAUUACUGAUUGGCAUCCCAUGUCACCUUCAAGUACCAGCUACAAUAGGAGAUUUUAGAUCUUCACUAACUCCUUAACAUUCCAGCCAAUAUUCAAACAUAACAAUCGAAACAUGCUUUUAAAACUGGGGGCUCCAGGUUUAUUUAUUAAAUGUCAAAACCACUGUAACAUGCUGUAUUCACCAUUCUUAAAGGCACAUUGGUUUAUUAGAAUGCAUGUGUGUACUCACGCCAUCACACAGAAAUGUUAUCCAGCAUGUUAUUCUGGUCAAAAACGAUCAAAUGAAGACAUAUCAUCUAUGAAGAAUCAGGGUGGUUUUUAGCAGUUUUAUUAGUCGUUAAGCUGCUUAUGCUCAUUUUAAGACCAAAAACAUGGUUUUUAAGGUGUGUCAUGCAAUGUCUGAGGAUGAGAAAGGGUCAUUUCCGAUUCCUGUGACAGGUUGAGUACAGUUAUCCAUCCAGCCGUUUUCUGUACCGCUUGUCCUCACUGGGGUCGCGGAUAUGCUGGAGCCUAUCCCAGCUGUCUUCGGGUGAGAGGCAAGGCACGCCCUGGGCCGGUCAGCCAAUCGCAACGCUUACGAAGUAGAAAUAUCAAUUAUGUGAAAUCUCCCUAAAGGUUUACAACUCCUGUUUCAAUGUGUUGUACUGAACAGAAUAAUGCUGCCCAAAGGAGUACUAGACCUUCAGAGUAGCUGAUUACUUCCCAUAGCUGGCAUGUUGUUUUCUUCUGACACACUGAAUCAACAGCACCUCUGCUGGUUGUAGCUAAGUAGUGCAUUCCAUUUUGCCUCAAUUGCCUCAAGACAUACUAAUCAACUGUCAGUUAUGAUGCCGAUCCUUAGUGAUAAUGUCAAAUUGCUGCAUAUCAGCAUAUAAUUCCACUGACUGAUGAUGUUACUGACCAACUUGUGAACUAUUAUGAUUAACUGAAUGGAGACCUCACAGAUUUUCAUCUCACUGCACCAAUUCGUGUUUUCAGGAAGUUUGAAUGUUUGUGUUUAUUUCCUCUGUAGAGACAACUGUAGAAGUGGGAUAUCACUCCAUACUCCAGGGACAGUCAUAUCUCUGAAUACUGGAAGGACUGUGUGGUGUAAUUUGCUAACUAAUUAACUAGGAGAACUUUGUCAAGGCUUUCUGCAUUGUUCUGUUCCUGUUUUUGUCUUUUGAUUUUCUGAGAGUCGGUGCACUAUUAUGUGAGCAAAUACUCAAUGCUGGUAUUUUUAAGUUCAUGACUGAAGGCUGGUCAUGUUCCAUGUUUUCCUCGAAAGCAACCUAGAACUACUGAACAUGAUGACAUGCUUGAAACCAUCCAGAUGUUCAGUCUGAACCAGAUGUUAUAUAAGAGUUUUUUUUUUCAAAUUUAUUUUAUUUAGAAGUGAACUGAAUUAUGUGAAAGGAUAAAAGUACGGCAGUCGUCAAUGAGUAUUUUUAUUUGUGUGAAUAUAUCCAACAUUUUGGAUAAAAUGGCUGAAUUAAAACCAUUUUCUUGGUCUCAUGUUGUCUGAUCUCAAUAUUACAGUCACGGCCAAAAUAUUUGGCAGUAGCUUUUUCAAUAACUUUGCCGCUUCGUUUUUCGUUUUUGUGAUUCCUGCAAAAAAAUGGCUUGUUUUUAAGUAUAUAUCAGAUACGUAAAAUUGUUUUUCAGUUUUAUUUUUUCAUACUGGGGCAGCAGAGUUAUUGAAACACCAAAUUUAAGUCACUCUCAAAACUUUUGGCCACAACGGUAGAAAGCUCAUAUAUGUUCUGGACCUUUUC